AUGGACGAAUCGAACAGGGAUAAUACUUUACUUUCUGACCUGGAUUUCUCGCCAUUUGGUAUCGAACCAGACACAAUCUCCCCAGGCAUUCUUCAAACCUCUGCUGCCCCGCCAAAAAUCGGGAACCGCUUCUCUUCCGAAAGCGUUAAGAUCUUGAGGAAUUGGUUUGCGGCGCAUGAACGGCAUCCGUACCCGAGUAUUCAAGAUGUACAGGACCUUCAGGAGCAAACCGGGCUCAACAGGCAGCAAGUCACCAAUUGGUUUGCCAACGCCAGACGACGAGUAAAGGUCCAUUUAUCGAGACCGACAUCGCCCAUGUUUCGCAACGACGACUCGGGAAACUCUUCCGGUCAUCACACACCCAUCGAUACCCCCAGACGAAGACCUACGCCUGCGCCCUUUGAAGCCAUGAAUCCUCUUCAGCGAUGGGCUAAUUCCCCCCCGGAACAUGAAGCUGCUACCGUGGACGACAUUUCUCGCGCUGUGGCGGCUUUUGGAAGACAGGGUCGUACAAGGAGCAACGGUUCGUCGAUUAGCAGCAGAGGAACAUCAGUAUCAAGUCAUGAUUCUGGAUCCUAUAGUUCUGCCCAUUCAAGGCAGUCGUCGACUUUAUUCGACAUUUUCAAACGUCACGGCCGCAGACGACGUACAAAGAUGAGACGACAAGAAGUCAGAACAAACCUCCUUCAAGCGCAAAACACAUAUCAAUGCACUUUCUGCACCGAAACGUUCAAGACAAAGUACGAUUGGCAGAGACACGAAAAAUCUCUCCAUCUGUCUUUGGAGAACUGGGUAUGUUCACCAAAAGGACCAACAGCAAUCCAUCCUGAAGAAGGAAUUUUGUGUGUUUUUUGUGGCAUGAAAAAUCCCGACAAGACACAUCUCGAUGGGCACAACCAAAGCGCAUGCAUCGAAAGACCACACGAAGAGAGGACAUACCAUAGAAAAGACCAUCUCCAGCAACAUCUGAGAUUGGUCCACAUGUCCAAGUUUCUGAAAUGGCCUAUGGAUGAAUGGAAAGUCAUGAUGGAGGAGAUUCGAUCGAGAUGCGGUUUCUGCGGCGUUGAUCUUACGACGUGGGCGAGUCGCGUGCACCAUUUGGCAGAUCACUUCAAAGCAGGCAACACGAUGGAGCAUUGGAAGGGUGAUUGGGGAUUCGAGGCCAAGAUCAUUGAUAGGAUUGAUAAUGCUAUGCCACCAUAUCUUAUACAUCACGAACGAAACUCGCCUUUACCAUUUGCCGCUACAAAAGGACCAGCCGACACACCAACGAGCGCGUACGAGUUGAUCAAAUUGGAACUGGAAUAUUACAUGCAAAACCGUCACCAACACGAUAUGCCCGAUUCGGAACUUCACUUUGAAGCGUGCUCAGUCAUUCUAGGCGCUGAAGUCAUUUCAAUCAAUCCAGCAACUUCAUCUCCGUCCUGGUUAUGGGAUAUAUUCAUGUCGGCUGCCGACAUUGCCAACCAAGCUCGUCUACGUCCAACAAAACAACUAGCCGAAUCACGACUCAGUCAAUUGAAGAUCAAUGGAAAGGGAAAUAUCUUUGAGAACUGCGAGUUAGAAGCUGCCUUGCAACAGUACAUGACGGCACACGUAUCCAUGGGUCAUCUCCCAUCAGAUUCAGAGUUACAGCAAGAAGCUUGCAAUGUUCUUAGUCGAAUAGAGAUCUCUUCACCAAAUCCAUCGACAAGAUUCCUUGCUUUUCUAAUAAGGUUGGCUUGGAGUUCGACUGGUUGGCUCGCCCCAUUGCGACAGCGUGCUUCAGCUUUGUUAUCUAUGCCAAAUGAAUCAAUGGACGAUUCUUAUCUACUAUGGGGACAGGCUGCUACUGCUGUACCUAUGGAUUCUUCAAUGGAGUUGGAUAUUUCAUUGGUACAGCCAUGGAUGACAGAAAACAGAUCAUUGUCUCCAGAGGGUGUACCUGAAAUACCUGCAAUAGCAGUACAGGCGGAAACAAGACAUUUGAUCAAGGAUAAAGUCCGAACAACAACCCCAUUCUUUAUAAACGACAACAACAGCUACCGAAGGUUAAAGAGAGAACUGUCAAGAUUCGUCAUGACGACAAUGUCGCCUAAUAAUCCAAAUCGUCAUGUUCCAAGCGACGAUGAACUCAAAUACCAAGCAAGAUGGAUCUUGUACGACGAGUAA